AUGAUGAAGACAUAUUCUAUUCCUGAAGUUAAGUAUACUCAAUUAUUCAUUGGUAAUGAAUUUGUCGAUAGCAAAUCGAAAAAAACAUUUCCAACUAUUAAUCCAACAACAGAGGAAGUGAUAUGUUAUGUUCAAGAAGCUGAUCAGAAUGAUGUGAACAAAGCAGUUGAAACUGCUAAGGUAGCCUUCAAAACAGGAUCUACGUGGCGUACCAUGGAUGCUUCAGAACGUGGUGUUUUGUUGCAUAAAUUGGCUGAUUUGAUCGAAAUGAAUGCUGAAUAUAUAGCUCGUUUAGAAGCAAUGGAUAAUGGGAAGACUGUCGAAUCAGCAUUAGGUGAUGUCUUAUUUGCAGCGCAAACAACUCGAUAUUAUGCUGGAUACGCUGAUAAGAUUCACGGUAAACAGUUACCAGUUGACGGAAAUAUGAUUACGUUUACUCGCCGUGAACCACUUGGAGUUGUUGCUUGUAUCACACCGUGGAACUAUCCGUUUUUGUUGAGCGUUCUCAAGUGUACUCCAUGUUUAUGCGCUGGGUGCACAGUUGUAUUGAAACCCGCAGAACAAACACCAUUAUCCGCAUUGUAUUUAGCUGCUUUAACCAAGGAAGCAGGUUUUCCGCCUGGAGUAUUUAAUGUUAUCUGUGGAUAUGGUGAAACUACUGGUGAGGUGUUAACUCAUCACCCAGAUGUUAGAGCUAUCUCAUUCACCGGUAGUACUGAAGUUGGUCAGUUGAUAAUGAAAGCUGCAGCUACGAAUAUUAAACAUGUGAAAUUAGAACUUGGAGGCAAAUCACCACUGAUCAUACUAGCUGAUGCUGAUAUUGAUAAAGCUGCAGAAGUUGCACAUGAAGCUACAAUGGUUAACCAUGGACAGUGUUGUGUGGCUGGUACUCGUGUAUUUGUGCAAGCUCCUAUAUACGAUCAGAUGGUUGAGAAACUGAAAAGGCUAGCUGAACAACGUAAAGUCGGUGAUCCUUUCGUAUCUGAUACUAUACAAGGUCCACAGAUUGACAAUGUACAAUUUGACAAAAUCAUUUCAUAUAUUGAGAAAGGUAAAAAACAAGGUGCUCGACUAGUCACUGGAGGAUAUCGAAUUGGAAAAAAAGGUUAUUUUAUUCAACCAACAGUGUUUGCAGAUGUGUCUGAUGAAAUGUGUAUAGCAAAAGAAGAGAUUUUCGGUCCAGUUCAAUGUAUAUUGAAAUUUAAUACAUUGGAAGAAGUAAUUGAACGUGCGAAUGCCACACAUUAUGGAUUAGGUGCUGGUGUAUUCACAAAUGAUAUGGAUAAAGCAAUGAGAAUUGCUCAAUGUGUAGAAGCUGGGAGUUUUUGGAUCAAUAGUUAUAAUCUCAUUUCUCCCCAAACUCCAUUCGGUGGUUAUAAAAUGUCUGGAAUGGGGCGUGAACUUGGAAAAGAAGCACUGGAUGGUUACUUGCAAACGAAAGUGAUUUCUAUGCCAAUUUCAGUAAAGAAUUCUUGA